AAAAAUGUUUACCACAUUAUUUACUGAAUCAAAACAUAAAAAAAAUGGAAAAGCAUGUCGAUGUAGGUAGACAAAACGAUGACGAUGACCUAGACGAGCAAAUUAAAAAGCCUAAAAUUAUUAAGAGUGUUUUAAAAAAUUCAGACGAAAAAAGACUUAUUGUGAUACUAGAAAAGGCAUCAUUAGAAACUGUUAAGGUGGGGCAGAAAUUUGAACUUCUGUGUUGUGACCGACACAAGAAUAUUGGGAAACGAAUCAAAAAAGAUAUAUCAACAUGUCGACCAGAUAUUACUCACCAGUGUCUCUUGAUGCUUAUGGAUUCACCUUUAAACAGAGCUAACUUGUUACAAGUUUAUGUUAAAACAGAAAGAAAUGUCUUGAUAGAAAUCAACCCUCAAACCAGGAUACCAAGAACUUUUGAUAGGUUUUGUGGCUUAAUGGUUCAGUUGCUGGAUAAACUUAGUAUCCGAGCAAGUGAUGGCCCACAGAAACUGUUAAAGGUGAUUAAAAAUCCAGUUAGUGAUCACCUUCCCACUGGUUGUCCCAAGUAUGCCAUGUCAUAUAGUGCAGAAGAAGUGAUAGAUGUUCGAGACUAUGUCCCUAAAGAUGGUCCUGCUGUUUUUGUUAUUGGUGCUAUGGCUCAUGGAAGUGUGACUCCAGAUUACACUGAGAAAACUUUCUCCAUCAGCAACUAUCCUUUGUCGGCUGCUAUUACAUGUUCCAAAGUUUGUACUGCCUUUGAAGAAGUCUGGGGGGUGAAAUAAAAUCUCUUAGUAGUUUUUAA